AAAGAUGGGUUGAAGCUUGAAGCUAAUUAUAUUGUGCACUGGGACGGGAAGCUUUUAACCGAUAUCACGGGAACUGAUACUGUAGAUAGACUUCCAAUUAUUUUGACAUCAUGUGGUACUGAACAAUUGUUGGGAGUGCCGAAGCUGAAGUCAGGAAGUGCCAGUGAUCAAGCAGUUGCCAUUCUGGAAACUCUCAAGCAGUGGGGUGUUAGUUCAUAUGUCAAAGGGAUGUGUUUUGACACAGCAGCUAUCAAUACAGGAAUUCAUCAAGGGACUUGUGCUGAAUUAGAAAAAGCUUUGAAUCAAGAGUUGAUCCAUUUACCUUGUCGCCGUCAUAUCUUUGAGCUUGUUUUGAAAGGAGUGUUUGAGGUGUAUUGGCCAACCACUUCAGGCCCAAACGUUCAGUCCUUUUCUAGGUUUAAGAAUAAUUGGGAUAAUCUCAAAAAAUCCAAUUUCAAGGUUGGAAUGGACGAUAGUACUGUUAAUGAAGUAUUAUCAAAUAGCAAACAAACAUUAGUAACCUUGAUUGAAGAAAAUUUACGGGUUUGUCAACCAAGAGAUGACUAUAAAGAACUUCUGGAGCUAUCGCUGAAUUAUUUGGGAGAAAAGCCAAAACCGAACUUUACGUUUAAAUAUCCAGGUCCAGUUCAUCAUGCUCGUUGGAUGGCGAAAGCCAUUUAUUCGUUAAAAAUUUUUCUCUUUAGAGAAGAAUUUAAACUAACAGCGCGAGAAUUCAAUGGCUUACGUGAAGUUUGUAUUUUUCUCGUUAAAAUUUAUUUAAAAGCUUGGUACACUGCUCCAUCUGCGAUUCUGGCACCAUACAAUGACCUGACCUUCAUGCAAGACUUAGUUGAGUAUGAAAACUGUGAACAGCUCCGUAUCAACAGCAGCUUGUUCAAAAAUGAUAAAUCACCUGUGGUAUUUGAGUGAACAGUUGGCCAUUAUUUCUCUUUUUGAUGAUAAUGUGCCUCUACCCAUUAAACAGAAAAUGAUUCAAGCUUUGAAUAAAAAAGAAAUAAACACUAAUCAAAAAAAAAAAAAAAAUUGAAAUUAAACCAGGAAAUUCAGACCAAUUCUUAUCACUAGAUCUGAGUGACUUUAUUUCGAAAAAGUCAAUGACUAUAUUUCAAACAUUCGAUUUACCUACUGACUUCAUUGACAAGAAUGUGGAAUCUUGGUCACAGGAUGAAAGCUAUCAAGAGAAUCAGGAAUUUUUUAAGAGUCUCAGCGUGGUCAAUGAUGUAGCAGAAAGAGGUGUUGCUUUAAUAGAGGAGUACAACAAAUGUCUUAC